AAGGCAAAGGCAAUAACAAUCACAAAAAGCCCAAGAAGAAGAGAAAGAGACCAUUCCCUUUCAACAUGGGAGCAGAAGCCUUGCCCCGGAACGGAGAUAUUUCUCCGGCUGCUCCUCCUCAUCCUCUUAUAUUGGGUCUCCAGCCUGCCGCUCUCAUAGACCACGUGGCCCGUGUCGAUUGUUCCUUGCUGGAUCAAGUCCCCGGUGAACGCGGUGGCUCCACAACCGUUGCAAUUCAAGAGCUUCAGCGCAUUUUGGGAAAGGUAAAAACCCAUAUGCUCACUUCCCCUGAUAAUGCAUCUCCUAUGCUGACCAUUGCUGGGGGAAGUGUAGCCAAUACCAUUCGUGGUCUCAGUGCAAACUUUGGAGUCUCUUGUGGGAUCAUUGGGGCUUACGGGGAUGAUGAGGAAGGCAGGUGGUUUGCUAAUAAUAUGGGCUUUAGUGGGGUGAACAUCUCGAGGUUGAGGAGGAAGAAGGGAUCCACGGGUCAGUGUGUGUGUUUGGUUGAUGCAUUGGGCAAUCGUACAAUGCGGCCUUGCCUCUCAAGUGCUGUGAAAGUUCAGGCCGACGAAUUGACCAAAGAAGAUUUCAAGGGCUCUAAGUGGCUGGUCAUCAGAUAUGGAAUAUUCAAUAUUGAAGUUAUUCAAGCAGCUAUUCAGAUUGCAAAGCAAGAGGGUCUUUAUGUCUCAUUGGAUUUGGCCAGUUUUGAGAUGAUUCGGAACUUCAGAUCACGUCUUGUUCAAUUGCUAGAGUCAGGGGACAUAGACCUGUGCUUUGCUAAUGAGGAUGAAGCAAAGGAACUUCUAAGAGGUGAACCAAAUACUGAUCCUGAGGCGCCACUAGAAUUCUUGGCUAAAUAUUGCAAGUGGGCUGUAGUGACUUUAGGUCCUAAUGGUUGCAUUGCGAAGCAUGGAAAAGAGACUGUGCGGGUUGCAGCCAUUGGGGAAGCAAAGGCAACCGAUGCUACUGGAGCAGGAGACCUAUUUGCCAGUGGAUUUUUGUAUGGACUGGUGAAGGGGUUAUCUUUGGAGGAAUGCUGCAAAAUUGGUACAUGUAGUGGUGGAUCAGUUGUUCGCUCCCUUGGAGGUGAAGUGACCCCAGAGAACCGACAAUGGAUGUACAAACAGAUGCAGAUCAAGGGACUCCCUGUUCCUGACAUCCGCAAUUGAUGCCCACAACUUGCAUAGAAGUUAUUGCUUCUUUUUUUUUUUUUUUUUUUUUUUUUUUUUUUUUUUUCUUU